AUGUCCUCCACGGUCGAUUCCGAUACGAAAGUGCUGCACCACGUCCACAACAAUCCCCACGACGGCCCUGAUAGAGACACAGAAAGUUCUGUCAACGAUGCGAUAGACGUCAACUUCCAGCAUGGCGUACAAAACAUCGAGGCCGUUACGCUCUCGUGGUCCAGAACCGCGCUGAUGGUCGCUUUUGUUCUGAUCUGGCUCGUCUACUUCGUCCAAGGUCUUGUCUCGGGUAUCAGCAGCGCUUUGAUCCCAUAUGUCACAUCCGCUUUCGCAAUGCACUCUCUCACGCCGACUACGAGCGUGAUGAGCUCUGUCAUUGGAGGUGUCACCAAUCUGAGUAUCGCAAAGACUCUCGACAUCUUCGGCCGACCUCAGGGCUUCUUGUUCUGCGCUACUCUUGCAACUCUUGGACUGAUCAUGUCGGCCGCCUGCAACAAUGUUGAAGCUUAUGCUGCAUCCCAAGUCUUUUACACCGUUGGCAUCAAUGGAGUUGGCUACAGUCUUAGCGUCUUUAUCGCUGAUACUACCUCUCUUCGGCAUCGAGGUCUAAUCCAGUCUCUUUGCGGCUCUCCGAGCAUCAUUACAGCAUGGCUGGGUGGUCCAAUCUCUACGGCAUUCUUGAACGGGGCUGGUUGGAGAUGGGCCUUCGGCAUGGAGAGUAUCCUUGUUCCAGGUGUUACCAUUCCCUUGUUUGGCCUCUUCAUGCAUCAUUACCUGAGAGCCAAGAAGCAAGGCAUCAUUCCGAAGCGAGAAUCGCAGGGCUUUUCUUACUACAUUCGCGAGUUUGACGUUGUUGGUCUUCUUAGCCUGUCUGCUGGAGUUGCCCUUUUCCUUCUGCCAUUCAAUCUCUACGCCUUGCAAGCUAAAGGAUUUGGCUCAACCAUGAUCAUUUGUUUCUUUGUUUUCGGGAUCCUACUUCUAAUCUUCUUCGGCAUUUGGGAAAGGUUCUUCGCCAAAGUUUCUUUUAUCCCUUGGAGAUUUCUUCAGGAUCGCACAGUGGCUGGUGCUUGUCUCCUCUCCUUCACCCUCUUCUUCAGCUACAUGUGUUGGGGCAUGUACUUCAGCUCCAUCCUCCAGGUCGUCAACAACCUUAGCGUCACACGUGCUAGCUACGUUGUAUCAACAUACACCGUUGGCGGCUUCAUUUUCGCCAUCUUCGUCGGCAUGGUGAUGUCUUACACUGGGAACUAUAAAGCUGUCACACUCUACGUGGCGCUUCCUCUAUCCAUCCUCGGAUCUGGCCUGAUGAUCUAUUUCCGUCAACCUGAUCAAAGUAUUGGCUACAUCGCCAUGUCUCAAAUAUUUAUCGCCUUUGGAAGCGGCGCCAUCAUGAUUACUGCCGAGAUCGCCAUUCUUGCCGCUGUCCAAGAGCAGCAGUAUUUUGCCGUGUCUAUCGCGCUGGUCUCCAUGUGUGCCAGUAUUGGAUCGGCCGUUGGAUUGACUGUGUCAUCUGCUAUCUGGCAAGAUAUUCUCCCCAAGAAGCUUGCGGAGUAUCUCCCUGAGGAGGAUCUUCCUAAUCUGCCCAUGAUUGCGAUGGACAUUGUGACCCAACUAUCUUACCCCGUUGGAUCUCCGACUCGGCUGGCAAUCCAACAUGCCUAUGGCGACGCACACAAAUACUUGUUCAUUGCUGGCACUGCCGUCUGGGCCCUUGGAAUUCUUGGGGUAGUCAUGUGGAAGAACAUUAACAUCAUCAACAUUAAGCAGACCAAGGGUCGGGUCGUCUAA